AUGGUCGAAUCAACGGAUACAUUAAUACAAUUUAAUUCUAUUCCAACAGAACAAACUGUACUAUUUGCUAGUAACACUGUUGAUGAAAUUACAAGUAUUGGAAGUAGUAAUGAGGAUUCUACAAAUGAAUAUCAUACAUUAACCGAGGAAUCAACAAGAUUACAACAAUCUGCUAGUAAUACAAAUUCUCAUAUGACAACUAUCGAAGUAUUAUCAAAGUUUGAAAUGAAUGAUAGAAUUGAACAAACUAAAAUCAAUCAAUUAUCCGAAAAAUUGUUUACUGAUUUACCUUCCACAAAAAUAACAUUGGAAACUUUUGAAGCGGAAGCAACGAUUGAUUUUAGAACAAUUUCUGACAUGAAUUCACAAAUUUAUAAUUCUGAAAAUUCUACUAUGAUUCUACAUGCAACAUCAGAUACAACGAAAACGAUAAUGCCAUCGUCCCUGUCAUCACUAUCGCUUUCAACUAAUACAGCUUCUCAUCCAUCAUCAGAAAGGUCAAGUAAUGUCACAUUUGGUGGCAUUUACACUUCCACUAAAGAUGGUGAGAAAUUUUUGGUGGAAACUUCAAAGGAACCAACAAUGGAUGAGGCGACAGUUACUGAUGAACCAUUGUCAAAGGAUAUGGAUAAAAACAUUUCAAGUAUCACGGAAUUUGUGGGAAGAAAGACUGCAGCAUAUUUAGAAACUUUAAUACAGUCAAAUACUACUUCAGUAAUUUUGCCAUCAAAUACCAAUGAUUUUACUCAUUCCUUAGAGGAUUUAAUCCCAGCAUCUACCUCGACAAAUCUCGAUGAUCUCGUCUAUUCACGAAAAAUUUCCAACUCAUUUCUCCUAAAUACGAAAGAUGGAUUUACGAAGAUGACGGAAAAACCGGAUCUAUCGUUUGCUAAAACAAAUUCGGAAAUUAUUCGAAUAAAAGAAAAUGAAGCGGAAUUAAAAGGAAGAACCGUUACUGAACCAAUGGAAACGAUGAUUUCCAACGCAGGCGACUAUACUACGGUUAUUCCGGUUGUAACGAAUACGGAAAACAGAACACUAACUAGCACUUCCCUGUCAUCAAAUGAUGGAGAAGUGUCGGUGACAACAAGUAAAACGUUGACAACGGAUAAUUCUCAGGAAUUAUUUGUUACUUCAAAUGGUUCAUCAUCGUUUAUUGAAUCAUCAGGGAUAAUGAAAGUAACAGGUUCGUCAAAGGUUACAAGUAAUCUUUCUGAGGAUUCUAGAUUAUCAACGAUUCCAAAAAUGGGUUCAUCAGAUGAAACCAUGGUUGUUAACUUCAUCUCAGAUGGAAAUCAUGAAUUAAUCAGUAGUAGCAAAUCAUCCGAUAUAUCUUCUACAACUUCAUUUACUGUAAAUAUCAAUGAAAAAUCGAAGUCAUUACUGCAAAGAGUUUCAUGA